GGCACCAUCUCCUAGCGACGGGGACAGAGCCACCGAGCCAGGGGAUUCCCUGCGGGCUGGGCUGCAUGGCAGCACCCCACAGCGUCUCGGCUGCUUUUCAGGAUUACCUGCAGCACCUGGGCCUGCAGGACUUCCCCUGUGGCCUCGGCAGCUGGAACAAAUCCCGCCUCAAUGCCCACAGGGGCCCCCAGGCACAGCCCCUGGGGCUGGAGGAGGCUGUGCCACCGGGAGAGGAGACCACUGGGGUGCUGCUGGAGCUGCUGAGAGACCAGCGCAGCCCCUGGGCGCUGCCCUCUGACUGCAGGCCCCAGGCUCAGCACCUGAGGGAGGUGGUCGUGCUGGCACCCGAGCUCCUCCAGGGCUCCAGGGUCUUCCAGCUCGUCAAGUGCCUGCGGAUUCUCGACAAGGGGGUGGAGGAGGUGGAUGAGGGUCUGCUGCGGUUCCAGCAGCUGGAGGAGCUCAUCCUCAGUGCCAACCACAUCAGCAGAGUAACCUCAGCCCACCUGCCCCGGACUCUGAAGGUGCUGGAGCUCUGCUGCAAUGCUGUGGGUGAUCUGCAGGAUCUGUGUGCUCAGCCACCCCCGGAGCUCCAGCACUUGGGGCUGGGCCACAACCGGCUGUGUGGCCCUUCCCAGGAAAAGCACCUCACUGUGGAUUUCUGGCCAAACCUUGUCUCCCUUGACCUGAGCUUUAACAGCCUCACAGACCUGCUGGGGCUGGUCUCCCAGCUGUCCACCCUGCAGAGCCUCCGCAUCCUGGUGCUCCAGGGGAACCCACUGGCUCUCAUCCCCACUUACAGAGGCUUCCUCGUGGGCAGCCUGCCCAAGCUGUCCAUCCUCGAUGACAUCUACAUAUGGCCUGAAGAGAGGCAGCAGUUCCAUGGGCUGGCAAGGAAGCCAGAGCUGAUCAGGAGUGAAGCACAUGUGGUUGUGAGCAUUGGGGAGAUGAAGGGACUCCCUAAUCCUGAAGAUUUUCAGCAGCUGGAGGUUGGCUCUGAGGGUCCAGUGAUCACCUACAGCUACUAUGUGACCUACGAGUUUGCAGAGGCAGAGGAGCUUGAGGACAGGGGCAGUCCUGAGGGAACAAAAAUCCCCCAGAGUCCCACAGUGGCCACGCUGGAUGAGGACAGCUCUUCUCAGGACACAGGAGAAACAAAGAGCCAACAGGAGCCUGCAGCCACAGAGGAGCCCAAGCCCCACUCUGCAAGGGUGUUCUCCACCCCUGGACAGCCCUGGGCAGACACCAUCGACUGCAGCUACAGGAAGGAGCACAUUGCCAAGGACUUGGUGGGGCUCAAGUCCUACCUGGAGGCUGGAACCACUGUCUCUGUUGUGGAGGAGAAGGUGCUCUCGUGGCCUGUGGAUCCAGAAGAAAAUGCUGUCACAAAUAAGGAAGGACAGGAGCUGAAGAAGAACAGUGCAAAGGACAAACAGAAAAAGAAGAAGAAGAAGAAGUCAUAUGAAUAUCGCAGUGACCCUCCCAUUCGGAGCACCCUGGGCACCACGAGGGUGACCCUGGAGACCCUGCUGGCCACCAAGGACCUGGUGACAACUGUGUGUGACUUUGGGAUCCUGAUCCCUGAGAAACCACCAGUUCUGGAGGAGAAGGAGGUAAAAAAAGGCAAAGACAAGAGCAAAAAGCCCAAAGCGGAGAAAGGAGACCAGACCAGCCAGAAAACCAAAGGAAAAGAAAAAAACAAAGACACUGCUGAAGUGGAGGAGGGUCAAGAGCUCCAGCCGGUGCCGCUGACAGUUCGAUUCCAGAUGCAGCUGCUUCGAUGGCCCUUGGCAGCCAGCACCCAGAACCAGGAGAACGUGGCCAUGGGGAAGACUCAGUGAUGUGUCCAUAGCAGAAGCAUGAGUGGAAAUAAACCACACGGGAACGCUG